AUGACCGACGAGGACGCGGCGCAGGAGCCAACUCCCGGCAGCCCAUCAAAUGGCAGCCACUCCAACUAUCCGGAGCCUGUUCGACCCACCAACCCGGCAUAUCCCGCCCUUCACCAGCGCUAUGGCGCACACACCAGUCCUUCGAGCUCUGAGCAGCCCUACGCUAGUCCCUAUGGUCUCUUUCCAGGAUCUCGAGGCAAUUCUGGAUAUACCAUGCCGGAUGCGCCGACGACACCACGCGCGCGACAGUCUACAGCGACUCAGCGAUAUGACAACGCCAUUUGGGGAGCUGUUCCUGGGGCGGCCUCAUCGCUUCAUCACAUGAUGGAUUUUGAUGCUUUCAAUUCCGCAGAUAGACCUCAAUUCAAUCCUUCCACGUCUCCACUGGGUGGAUGGGGAGGGCCUUCCCCGGGAAAUCCCCAAUACACUCGUUCAUCGCACUCGAAUGGCCGACAUGGGAGCAAUGGCUUCUACUCUGAUGCUGGGUUUGAUCCAAGGGACGCCGAUCAGGUUAGUGCACUUCUCAGCGACCAGGAGAUCCAAUAUUCUACGAAUCCACGCAAAGCCAGUGAUUCUGCACCCAAGCGAGGUCCUCGCGGCGGUAAAAUCAAGCGCGGCUGGAAGCAACUGCUGAAAGGAACCGAGCAUGAGCAUAUUGGAACUUCAAGGGAAGAUAAGCCUCGAGGGCGAGGUCGUGGUGGAAGUCGUAGCAGCAGAAAAAAGGCGGCUGAUCCUGGACGGGACUUCAAGGAAUGUGUUGCGAAAGCCAGCAAGGCCUUCUUCGAUGGUGACCUGGAGACUGCCGCUGACUUUGCUCGACAAGCCGUCAAAGCCAAUCCCGAGGUCUUUCAGGCUCAUUCGCUUCUUUCGGAAAUCUUAAAAGCCCAGGGUCAUGAAGAAGACUCUGUUCAAGCGCUGUGGUUUGGUGCCAUCACCAUUCGAAAUUCUGACGUGUGGCGACUCGUUGCCGAGAAGACGCUCGAGGUCGACGAUGAAGAUCGCUCGCCUCAGCGUAUCAAGACUGCAAUUGAAUGCUACGGCGAGGCCAUCAAGAUUUGUAAGGAUAUCAACGUCGAGUACGAGCUCCGAGUCGCAAAGCUCAACCUCUAUCUGGAAACGAAGAACAUUAAAUUUGCUCGUCUCGACUGCAAGAACAUCCUCAAGCAGUGGCCGGGAAAGUCACAGUACGUCAAAGAAUACGCACAACUCACGGCGGGCUUGCAGGACAGUGGUGWGCUUGAAAAGUCACUGGAUGCCUACGAAACCUGCUUCGAUAUAUACAAGGACAGUGAUGUAUUUGGCGACGAGGAGGAUGAGAAUGACCCGUGGGACCAUCUGAAUAUCUACCUUGAAUUGCUCUACCAUUGUGGUGACCCAGCAGACGGGCUCGAAAAGGCUAAGAGAUGUGCACGAUGGUUCAUUGGUCGAAAAGAUGAGACCUUCUGGGACAGAUACGACGAAGACGAUCGAGAAUGGGACAGCGAAAACGACCGGAGAGGAUACGUGGGAGAAUUUCAGCAAGGCAAGGCUAGUCGCGACAGAGCUCAGUAUGGAGAUGGCCUGCCCAUCGACAUCCGCGUGCGCAUGGGCCUGUUCCGCAUGAAAAUGGGCAUGAAAGAAGAUGCGUUGAGACACUUCGAACCGCUUCUCCAGUAUGCGGAAGAUGUCGACGAAUACCACGACAUGUUCCUGCAGACCGCCAACAGUCUCAGGGAUGGUGGAUGGCUACAAGAUGCAGCGCCCUACCUCGACGCUCUUCGCAGCGUUAGUACACCAUCUAUCUUGGAUCAAAAGGUGUGGAUGCAGCUUGGGACGUGUUAUAUAUCACUUGAGAGACCGAGCGACGCCAUUCGAUGUUUCGAGGCCGUCAUUAGCAUGCAUGCUACACCCCGGCGUGGUCAACACUACACCACUCUCAACGGAUACGCCAAAGCCGGUGCUCUCCUGGCAAAGCUGUACGAGGAUGCGGGUGACAUCGACAAAGCGAGAUUCAUGUGCAAUGACUUGAUCCGCUUGGGCCGCCGAGACCUGCUCACAGAUGCCAAGGUGCAGAUGAUUCCAGCCAACACUAGAUAUGCAUUCACUCCUGGUACAUCCGAGCUCGACCCUCAGCAACCCAGAACUAAGGCGCGGAAGAAAGUAGCGGAGCCAGAGUUCCGGCCCGAUGACGAGCUGCCAGACGAUGAAGCUGACCCAGAAGGAGCAACCGCAAAGAAGCCACGCAAAAGAAAACGCGCAAAGGCCAAAGAUCCAGAUGCCCCUGGAGACGACGCUGACGCUACCGGUGUCCGUAAACGCAAACGUGUCAAGAAGAGAGACAUUGUCUCUGCGGGCGUGGGAGAGGACGGUGAAGGCACUCCCACUGUAAAGCGACCACGACUAGUCAAACCGCAGAAUUUGAAGAAGAAGCGGGCGGCUGAGGAGCGUUACCGUCGGAUCGCGGACGCAGAAGCUAGAGCUCUCACCAACUAUGCCCUAAUCCAAGCACAUUGGGCAUCAUUCGAAGAGGGCAGCGAAGAAGAGUCGGUGGAGCAAUGGGUCGGUGCUGCAAGUAGCAUGAUGGAGGACUUCACGUCCAUGAAGGUGUUCUUUCCCGCCCGCGACAAGAACGUCCCAAUGAAGGUCUCCGAAGACACUGGGAAGGGACUUGUCCGAGACAUGCACCACUCAGCCAAUCGUGAUCCGCAUCAGUUCCUAUCGAUACCUUUUACGGCAUGGCAUCAUAUCUUCACCAGUCUUGCCAUCUAUUACUCAAAAACAGGUGAGCAGGACAAGUGCUACAAAAUUCUGCAAGACGUCCUUUGGGGAGCAAAUGUGUUCUUCUUGAACAAGGAUCUUCGUCGUGCGAAUUAUUCCGCAUCACUUUCCUGUGCCCUGGCUUUCAAUGACAGUCAAUACUGGAUUGAGCUGGCGCGCAAGGUCAUCACCGACUCUGACUAUGCCUCUCCGGAUACCUUUCAGCUUCUCGCGGCGUUGAACCGCUUCUCCACGGGAAGCAAUUGGUUCAGCAGUGGACCGGCACAAAAGUUCAUGCUUCGAAUGGUCAAACAGUAUGACUACCUUGCCAUGACACCCGACGUGCGAGAGCAGAUCGACUGGUCAAUACAAGGGCCUUCCCUUGCUACCAGAGCCAAGAAGGAAGAGGCGGCAGGCAACCAAACCGUCCUCGACGCAGGUGUGAUCAUCAUAUAUGGACACAUGGUGGCGCAAGCGAAUCACUCUCACAGUGCUCUACCAUACUUCUUCCGUGCCCUCGCUCUCCAGCCGGACAAUAUUUGCGUCAACCUCAGCAUAGCCGCAAUGUUUGUUCAGAACUCCAUGAAGCGACAGACCGACAAUCGACAAUUCGGUAUCAACCAGGGACUUUCGGCGAUGUUCCGGUAUUAUGAUCUACGGGUUGCCAGUGGCAAGGCUUGCGAUAUUCAAGAGGCAGAGUACAAUGUCGCACGCAUGUGGCAUCAUCUGGGCCUCACGCACUUGGCUGUUCCAAGAUACGAAAAGGUUCUUGAGCUCAGUGCACAGGUACAGGCCGAGUUUGAUGACAGGGGAAAGCCAGAGGAGUGCGAGAUUGAAGACUUUGCGCCGGAGGCUGCUUUUGCGCUGCAAGGCUUCUAUGCCUUGGCUGGGAAUGAUGAAGCUGCUCAGGCAAUCGGAGAGGAAUGGCUAGUGAUUUGA